GAUGUUAAGUAUUGCAGCAUAAAUAGGUGUUUAACAAACUUUGUGUGCUUGAAAUCUAGCCCAAACAUUACUUAUCAUCUACUGGUGAGUAUCCGUGGGAAAACUGAGCACAUGUAUUCGCGAAAAGGAUUGAUCGAUCGUAUUGUCACUCGAUACGAUUGAGACCGUGGAUACGUUGCCGUUCGACGAUCAACUUCCUAAAAAUCUCUGUGAAAAAAAAUCAUUUCAUUAAAGGAAAAAAAGUCUUAUCGAAGUCAUUUUUGAAAUCGAUAAUUAUUGCGUAUUGGUAAAAUAGACAAGCAGGGAAUUUGUUUUUCUAUUGAAUCGAGAGAAACCAAUCUAUUCUUUCAUUUCUUCAUUUCUACAGCCGGGAUGUUUUGCAACUUCGGUAAACAAUGAUUACGUAAAUUAAGCAUAGAUCUUAUCGCAUUGACGCAUGAUUGUGCAAAUCUAGUGCGAUUGGUUCAUCCCUCUUGUAAAUCCAGAUUCUCUCCUACAAUGGAAAUGCGCUAGUUGAGUAGAUGAUAAAUGAUUAAUGUUCUGAAAUAUAUUUGGGUAGUCAAAGUUUCUUAGAUUCUCGUUCUUGCUGCAACAACAUCAAUCGUUAAUGUCUGUUAUUUGUUUUGCCUCGACCGCUACAGCGGCACUUCGCUAUGAUAAGCACGCUCUGUAUUACGCAUUACUUGCUGGAUGGUAAGUACCGCAAAGUGUUUACUGAAGAUAACUAUACAUUUUCAUUAUUUAGCAAGUCCGCAUUUGGCAAAUUCACCGACUACCGAUAAAUUCGUCAGUAUUUGAACCGACUCGAAGUAAGUUUCAUUCGACUCUCGAGUUAUUCAUCGGUAGUCGAAGAACCUCGAUGGUCGAAGGUCGAAAAACUAACAAACAUCAAUGAUGGCGUCCAGGAAACAGGGAAGUAAACUAAAGAGGAAAUUAGUGGAACACGGCAGUGAUUCGGACGACGAUAACGAUGCGCAGCAAAAAACCUAUAGAUCGAACUCAGAGGCUCCACGUCUGUGCCCUUACCUCGAUACGAUCAAUCGUCAAUUCUUGGAUUUUGAUUUUGAGAAAUUGUGUUCUGUGUCUCUUUCCAGAAUCAACGUUUACGCUUGUUUAGUUUGUGGUAAAUAUUUCCAAGGUAGAGGCACUAACACUCACGCCUAUACUCAUAGCGUCGCUGAAAGUCAUCAUGUAUUUCUUAAUCUUCACACGCUUAAAUUUUACUGUUUACCGGACAACUAUGAAAUUGUCGAUUCAUCCCUUGACGACAUAAAGUACGUUCUAAAUCCUACUUUCGAUAAAUGGCAAAUUUCUCAGUUGGACAAAAGUGACAAAUUAUCCAGAGCUAUAGAUGGCUCGAUGUAUUCACCCGGAAUAGUCGGAAUGAACAACAUUAAGGCAAAUGAUUACUGCAACGUCAUUUUGCAGGCUUUGUCUCACGUUACUCCAUUGCGAGAUUUCUUCCUGAGAGAAUAUAAUUACUCCCAUGUGAAACGACCGCCAGGAGAUUCGUCUUACCUUCUAGUCCAGAGGUUCGGAGAGUUGAUGAGAAAGUUAUGGAAUCCCAGAAAUUUCAAGGCUCAUGUCAGCCCGCAUGAAAUGCUUCAAGCUGUUGUAUUGUGGAGCAAAAAAAGAUUCCAAUUCACAGAACAAGGUGAUCCGGUGGAUUUUCUGUCUUGGUUUCUCAACGCGUUGCAUCUGGCGCUAAAUGGGACGAAAAAAAAAGACUCUAGCAUUAUAUACAAAACGUUUCUUGGCCACAUGCGGAUUUAUACGCGGAAAAUACCGCCACUAGAACUGGAAGAGAGUCAACGAAGUGAGCUUCUGAAUACACUCGAGUAUGGAGAAACCGUAACUGAAAGCCCUUUCUUGUACCUGACUUGCGAUCUGCCCCCACCUCCGCUCUUCAAGGACCAAUUUACGGAAAAUAUCAUUCCUCAGGUGAAUUUGUAUACAUUACUAAACAAGUUUAAUGCAGUAGCCGAAAAAGAGUAUAAAACGUACAAGGAAAAUUUCAUGAAGAGAUUUGAAAUCACCGAACUACCACCUUAUCUUAUUUUGUACAUCAAGAGAUUUACGAAGAAUACUUUCUUCGUCGAGAAGAAUCCCACCAUCGUUAAUUUUCCCGUCAAAAAUGUAGAUUUCGGUGAUAUCCUCACGCCGGAAGUUAAGGCUAGACACCCGUACACGACGUACGACUUGGUAGCGAACAUAGUUCACGACGGUGAGCCCGGUCAAGGAACGUACAGAGUUCACGUUUUGCACAGAGGCACAGGCCAGUGGUACGAGAUGCAGGAUUUACACGUGACGCAAAUAUUGCCGCAAAUGAUUACGUUGACCGAAGCUUACAUUCAGAUCUAUGAAUUACGGAGGGAAGCUGGCUUCGAAACCGAAGGAUUCCAGACAGCGAAAUAAAUAAUUGUACAAAGAGGGAGGAGGACGCCUAAUGAACCAUUUAAUAAAAAAGAUGACGCACGCUCCGGGUCGUUGAACUAAGGUGGCAAAGAAAGAGAAAAACAGUAAAUCGAUACUGGUGACGCAAUUUAUUACCCAUCGAAUACAACUUUCAAUUUUUUUUACGAGUAAUCGUGCCCUUGAAGACUCCGGAAAUUAGCAGCAAUCGUUCGGCUGCGAUAUUAGGAAGAGGAUAAGACGUAAUGUACGAUAUUUAGAUACAUUAAUCUAUUUACAGAUAUUGUUGAUGUUUUAAAACAAAAAUCUGAUUUAAAAAAUAA